AUGAGUGCUACAUGCAGCAGUUACUACAGUGCAGACAGGCUGUUAGUGGACGGAUUCUCGUGCCCCAAACUGGGAAAUGCUGCUGCAGCAAUCUACUGCUGCGGGUUUAAUGACCUGAAGUACUGCUGUAAUGAUCCCAACAGUUUUUUCCCCUAUGGAUACAUGUGGUGGCUGAGCACCUGCGCUCUGGUUGGUCUGACCAUAGCAGCUGUGGUCCUCGCUUUUUUCAUCACCGUAUUCGUCCUCUGCUACCUCCUCAUUCCCACCAAACCCAGUCACCUUGACAACGGCCUACCACUCAGAGCACCAGCUGAUUCACAAGUGGAGGACCGUCCUGAGAAAGAGAAGAGUGAAACUGGCAGCAUCAUGAGCUCAGCUGAAGUGGAACAGCCUGAAAGCAACCCAGGCAGCUCUCACCAGGAGGAACAAAUCCAACAACCCACUGAUCACAGGCCUGAAGAAGGUUUUCCCUGUCACCUCUGUGGGAAGAGAUUUGGUCGAUUAUUUACCUGGAAACGUCACCAGAGAAUCCACACUGGUGAAAAACCUUACUCCUGUCACCUCUGUGGGAAGAGAUUUACUCAGUCAGGUAAUUUGAAGAAACACUGGAGAAUCCACACUGGUGAAAGGCCUUACUCCUGUCACCUCUUUGGAAUAGAUUUGGUCGAUUAUAUAACUGGAAACGUCACCAGAAAAUCCACACUGGUGAAAGGCCUUACUCCUGUGACCUCUGUGAGAAGAGAUUUGGUCGAUUACAUAACUGGAAACGUCACCAGAAAAUCCACACUGGUGAAAGGCCUUACUUGUGUCACCUCUGUGGGAAGAGAUUUACUCAGUCAGGUAAUCUGA